UGAUUGGAGAGGAUCGUCUGAGCCCGAAAAUUCGAGAAUACGGUCCAGUCGUUUCCAAUCGGAAGUGAGAAGAAUCUCUGUUGGCAAAAUCGGUUGAAAUUCCUCAGUUCUCUCUUAGUAAAACCGAAACUUCUCGACUCUGAUCGUUGUAUUCUCCCAGUAUUCAUGUUGCUGGGAAAAUCAUUACGUUCUCCUUUGCUGGUUGUCGACUCUGGAACACGCUUCUGCUUUUCUUCUCCUGAAAUUGCAACAGUUGCACCAGUAGUGAAUGUGAACUUAUCAAAUGGUAUUCCACUUCAUGUGGUAAGAGGAGCUUGGACCUCCAUUUUGCCAUCUAAGAAAUGGGAAUUACUUUCAACCACACAAACAGAGAAUUUGAUCCUAAGCGAUGAAGAAAGGAAGACAUGGGAUGCAUGCAGACAAGCCCUUUCGGCAUUUAAUUUUAGUGCUGAGGAGGACAGCAAAAUACUGGGAAAAGCGUUUGGCCAGAUCCACUCGCCUUACUGGGGAGAAGAAAGGAAGAAAGAAGUGCCAACAUAUGAACUUGUGAAUGAAAUAUUGGACUACUUGAGGAGUUUAAGCCUAUCAGAUGAUGAUCUUUCCAAGUUGCUCAAGAAGUUCCCUGAGGUUCUGGGUUGUAGUCUUGAACACGAGUUGAGGACAAACGUGAAGGUUUUGGAAACAGAGUGGGGAAUAAAAGGUAAAUCCCUUCGAAACCUUCUUCUUCGGAAUCCGAAAGUGUUGGGUUAUAAUGUUGAUUGCAAGGGGGAUUGUAUGGCGCAAUGCACUCGCUGUUGGGUUCGAUUUUAACUGCAUUAAACUUUGUAAUCAUACAUUGUGUAGAGAGAUCACUACUGUUUUUUCUCCCACAUUCAAGGGGAGUGUAAGAGUUGAUUUUAAAUUUGUUGUCAUUGAAACUAGCCGCAAGCCCCAAAUAAGCCAAUAUAUAUCUUAAAACCUUUUUAUGUAAUUUUGAUAUGGGCUAUACUCAACUCUCAUUUAUCUUGAAUAUAAUUUUGAUGUGGGCUA